AUGCAUCGAGUCCAGGGACAGUUCCGGAAGACCCUCCUUGCUUUGUCGCUGCUGGUCCUGCCGUUCAUUCCAUCAUCGAACCUCUUCUUUUACGUUGGAUUUGUCGCCGCUGAAAGAAACUCUCUAUCUCCCGAGUGUGGGAUACUGCAUUCUGAUCGGAAUGAUGUACCAGUUUGCUGCUCCUCAAGGGUUGGCUCGAAGAUGGCUAUGUCGGUCGGAUUCGUCGUUCUCGUUCUGCACGCUAUGAGAACAUAUGAAAGGAAUAUGGACUGGAAAGACGAAGAAAGCCUCUACAAAAGCGCACUGGAGCUCAAUCCUCCAAAAGCUUACUCGAAUCUUGGGAGGGUGUAUGCAUCGAAAAUGCAACUGAGUGACGCUGAAGCGGCAUAUAGGAAUGCUCUUGCAUAUCGCCCAAAUAUGGCGGACACGUGGUAUAACCUGUAA